UUGUCGCCAUUUUCCGUCGCUGGAUGAUGAUGAAAGUUGCGUAAAUGAGGCGCGACAAACAAGGUUUAUUUAUAAAUAUAUAAAAACAAACACGUCGUGUUUUUGGUUCUCUUAUCAGCUGCGGACAUGUCUCUCCUACGGUUCCGUGCUUCAGCCAGCAGACUCCAGAGUUUAGUCUUUACAGGGUGUUCCCGGCGGGAAGCCAGCGGAGCGGUGAAGGACAAGGAGCCGCUGAAGAAAGCUAAAACCCCGCAGGGACGGUUUGACAGCCCCGAGGAGAAGAGCAACCCUGUUCUGCAAAAGUUCCCUGAUGAUGUGAACCCUGUAACCAAGGAGAAGGGGGGUCCUCGGGGUCCAGAGCCCACCCGCUACGGAGACUGGGAGAGAAAGGGCCGCUGUGUAGACUUCUAGUUCAACACUCAUAAAUCUGAUAUAUCACACCUGUAUAUGGAUAUUUAUAGCCAGUGGCACUUUUUAAACAGUUGAUUUGUUUAAAUGUCAGCUCAGAAGGUGAGAAUAA